AUGCGCUGGGAGCGGCCGGAGCCGGGCUGGCAACAGGCGGCGCCCCAGGGAGCAGAAAAGCACAUCCGUUCCACGGGCGUGGAACAGAGACAGGGCCUUACUGGUAGCGCUGGCCGGGACUCGGCACUUUUCCUGAGGAGUCAGGUUGCUCGGGGCUUCCGCUCGGAGAAGGACUUUGAGGACUACGUCAGGUACGACAACCGCUCCUCCAACGUGCUGGCCGCCAUAGUGUUCGAGCACACCUUCAACCACAGCAGGGAGCCCCUGCCGCUGGCGGUGAGAUACCACUUACGGUUCAGUUACACACGAAGAAAUUACAUGUGGACCCGAACAGGCUCCUUUUUCCUGAAAGAGACCGAAGGAUGGCACACCACUUCCCUUUUCCCACUGUUCCCAAACCCAGGACCAAGGGAACCCGCGUCCCCCGACGGCGGAGAACCUGGGUACGUCCGAGAAGGCUUCCUGGCCGUGCAGCACGCGGUGGACCGGGCCAUCAUGCAGUACCACGCAAACGCCUCCACGCACCAGCUGUUUGAGAAGCUCACCGUGAUCGCCAAGAGGUUCCCUUACCCGCCUUUCAUCUCGGACCCGUUCCUCGUCGCCAUGCAAUACCAGCUCCCCCUGCUGCUUGUGCUGAGUCUCACCUACAGCUCCCUCACCGUCAUCCGGGCCGUCGUGCAGGAGAAGGAGAGGAGGCUGAAGGAGUACAUGCGCAUGAUGGGGCUCAGCAGCUGGCUGCACUGGAGCGCCUGGUUCCUCCUCUUCUUCCUCUUCCUUUUCGUGGCCGUGUCCUUCGUGACCCUGCUCUUCUGCAUCAAGGUGAGUGUGGCNGUGCUCGCUCACAGCGACCCCUCGCUGGUGCUGGUUUUCCUGCUGUGCUUUGCCGCCGCCUCCGUCUCCUUCAGCUUCAUGGUCAGCGCCUUCUUCAGCAGAGGCGUGGGCGUCCAGUGGCGAAACCUCCUGAGUCCCGUCAACGUGGACGAUGACUUCUCCUUUGGGCAAGUGCUGGGCAUGCUACUGCUGGACUCCGUGCUCUACGGCCUGGUGACCUGGUACGUGGAGGCCGUGUUCCCGGGGCAGUUCGGCGUGCCCCAGCCCUGGUACUUCUUCGUCACGCCCUCGUACUGGUGCGGGCACCCACGGACAGUUUUGGGGAAAGAAGAGGAAGAUGAUGAUCCAGAGAAAGUGCUCAGAACCGAGUACUUUGAGGCUGAGCCAGAGGACCUGGUGGCCGGGAUCAAGAUCAAGCAUGUGACCAAGGUGUUCAGAGUGGGGAACAAGGGCAAAGCAGCCGUCAGAGACCUGAAUCUGAACCUGUACGAGGGGCAGAUCACGGUGCUGCUGGGCCACAACGGCGCGGGGAAGACCACCACCCUCUCCAUGCUCACAGGUCUCUUUCCCCCAACCAGCGGCCGGGCGUAUAUCAACGGGUACGAGAUUUCACAGGACAUGGUUCAGAUCCGCAAGAGCUUGGGCCUGUGCCCGCAGCACGACAUCCUGUUUGACAACCUGACCGUCGCAGAACACCUGUACUUCUACGCACAGCUGAAGGGCCUGUCCCGCCUCAAGUGCCCCGAAGAGGUCCAGCGGAUGGCUGACCUGCUGGGGGACCGCGUGGCCAUCAUGGCCAAGGGGGAGCUUCAGUGCUGCGGGUCCUCGCUGUUCCUCAAGCAGAAGUACGGUGCGGGCUACCACAUGACACUGGUGAAGGAGCCCCACUGUGACCCCGAGGCCAUCUCCCGGCUGGUGCGCCACCACGUCCCCAGCGCCACGCUGGAGAGCAGAGCCGGUGCAGAGCUGUCCUUCAUCCUGCCCAAGGAGAGCACCCACAGGUUCGAAAGUCUGUUUGCCAAACUGGAGAAGCAGCAGAAGGAGCUGGGGAUCGCCAGCUUCGGGGCCUCGGUCACCACCAUGGAGGAGGUCUUCCUCCGUGUGGGCAAACUGGUGGACACCAGCAUGGACAUCCAGGCCAUCCAGCUCCCUGCCCUGCAAUACCAGCACGAGAGGCGGGCGAGCGACUGGGCAGUGGACAGCCACCUGUGCGGGGCCAUGGACCCGACCGACGGCAUUGGCUCCCUGAUCGAGGACGAGUGCACCACCGCCAAGCUCAACACUGGGCUCGCCCUCCACUGCCAGCAGUUCUGGGCCAUGUUCCUGAAGAAGGCCGUGUACAGCUUGCGCGAGUGGAAGAUGGUGGUGGCCCAGGUCCUGGUCCCUCUGACGUGCGUCACCCUGGCCCUCCUGGCCGUCAACUACUCCUCGGAGACCUUUGAUGACCCCAUGCUGGAGCUGACCCUGGGCGCGUACGGCAGAACUGUCGUGCCCUUUGCUGUCCCCGGGGCCUCCCGGCUGGACCAGCAGCUGUCGGAGCAGCUGAAGGCCAUGCUGCAGGCCGAGGGCCAGGAGCCGCGGGAGGUGCUGGGUGACCUGGAGGAGUUCCUGGUUUUCAGGGCUUCGGUGGAGGGAGGUGGCUUCAACGAGCGGUGCCUGGUGGCCGUGUCCUUCGGAGACGUCGGCGAGCGGACGGUCGUCACUGCCCUGUUCAACAACCAGGCGUACCACUCCCCAGCCACUGCGCUGGCUGUCGUCGACAACCUUCUGUUCAAGCUGCUGUGCGGCCCCCGGGCCUCCAUCGUGGUCUCCAACUACCCCCAGCCCCGGAGCGCCCUGCAGGCCGCCAAGGACCAGUUCAACGAGAGCCGGAAGGGAUUUGACAUUGCCCUCAACUUGCUCUUCGCCAUGGCAUUCCUAGCCAGCACGUUCUCCAUCCUGGCGGUCAGCGAGAGGGCCGUCCAGGCCAAGCACGUCCAGUUUGUGAGCGGUGUCCACGUGGCUACUUUCUGGCUCUCCGCUCUGCUGUGGGACCUCAUGUCCUUCCUCGUUCCCAGUCUGCUGCUGCUGGUGGUGUUCAAGGCCUUUGACGUGCACGCCUUCACGCACGACGGCCACAUGGCCGAUGCCCUCCUGCUGCUCAUGCUCUACGGCUGGGCCAUCAUCCCCCUCAUGUACCUGAUGAACUUCUUCUUCUCGGGAGCGGCCACUGCCUACACGAGGCUGACCAUAUUCAACAUCCUGUCGGGCAUAGCCACCUUCCUCGUGGUCACCAUCAUGCGCAUCCCAGCGGUGAAGUUAGAAGAGCUUUCCAGAACCCUGGACCACGUGUUCCUGGUGCUGCCCAACCACUGUCUGGGGAUGGCCGUCAGCAGCUUCCACGAGAACUUCGAGAUGAGGCGAUACUGCACCUCGUCGGAGGUCGCGGCACACUACUGCCGGAAAUACAACAUCCGGUACCAGCAGAACUUCUACGCGUGGAGCGCCCCGGGGGUCGGCAGGUUUGUGACCUCCAUGGCUGCUUCCGGGUUUGCCUACCUCAGCCUGCUCUUCCUCGUCGAGACGGACACGCUGUGGAGGCUGAAGACCUGCCUCUGUGCCUUCCGGAGGAGGCGGGCGCUGACGGAAGCGUACUCUCGGACAUCGGCACUUCCCGAGGACCAGGAUGUGGUGGACGAGAGGAACCGGGUCCUGGCCCCCAGCCUGGAGUCCCUGCUGGACACUCCUCUGGUUAUCAAGGAGCUCUCCAAGGUAUACGAGCAGCGGACGCCCCUGCUUGCCGUGGACAAGAUCUCCCUCGCAGUCCAGAAAGGAGAGUGCUUCGGCUUGCUGGGUUUCAACGGAGCUGGGAAAACCACGACUUUCAAAAUGCUGACCGGGGAGGAGACCAUCACUUCUGGGGACGCCUUUGUCGGGGGCUACAGCAUCAGCUCGGAAAUCAGGAAGGUACGGCAGCGAAUCGGCUACUGCCCCCAGUUCGACGCUCUGCUGGACCACAUGACGGGCCGAGAGACGCUGGUCAUGUACGCCCGGCUCCGGGGCAUCCCUGAGCGCCACAUAGGCGCCUGCGUGGAGAACACGCUUCGGGGCCUGCUUCUGGAGCCUCAUGCCAACAAGCUGGUCAGGACAUACAGUGGUGGCAACAAGCGAAAGCUGAGCACCGGCGUUGCUCUGCUCGGAGAGCCUUCCGUCAUCUUCCUGGACGAGCCGUCCACCGGCAUGGACCCCGUGGCCCGGCGCCUGCUCUGGGACACCGUGGCACGGGCCCGCGAGUCGGGCAAGGCCAUCGUCAUCACCUCCCAUAGCAUGGAAGAAUGUGAGGCCUUGUGCACCCGGCUGGCCAUCAUGGUGCAGGGCCAGUUCAAGUGCCUGGGCAGCCCACAGCACCUCAAGAGCAAGUUUGGCAGCGGCUACUCCCUGCGGGCCAAGGUCCGGAGCGAAGGGCGGCAGGAGGCCCUGGAGGAGUUCAAGGCGUUUGUGAACCUGACCUUCCCAGGCAGCGUCCUGGAGGAUGAGCACCAAGGGAUGGUCCAUUACCACCUGCCCGGGGAGGACCUCAGCUGGGCCAAGGUGUUUGGUGUCCUGGAGAAGGCCAAGGAGAAGUACGCGGUGGACGACUACUCCGUGAGCCAGAUCUCCCUGGAGCAAGUGUUCCUGAGCUUCGCGCACCUGCAGCCGCCCGCCGAGGAUGAGGGGCCCUGA